CAGUUUCUUAUCUUAUCUAUUUUAUCGAUAAUAGCUACAUACAUGCAGUCCCCCCGUUUUACGUCACAGCCAAUCCGAUGAUUCCAUAUUCAAAGCUCCUCUUCAGCUGAUGAAGAUACUGUAGUAUAUAAACCACUAUCCAAUUGGUGAUAUACUAGGAUGAAUUGCAUUCUUCAAAGCUCUACACGACUACUACCGCGGGUUUCAAGGGUAGCAGCAACACCAAAAGCGAGAAAAGGCACGAUACCCCGACGAUCCUACGCUUUCCAAGCCGCCGCGCCACCUAUUCAUCAAGUCUUCAACCGUCGUACAAAAUGGCUGCAGAAGGAGCGCGCAGCCGCCGAUAUCGAGAACAGUCGCAUCGCCGACUAUCUGAAAGAUGAAGUGGCAAUGCGACUCUGCGAUAGGUUAUUAGACAUCAAAAGAACCUACCCCGAAGUCCUCGACCUAGGCGCAAACUCAUGCAACAUAGCCCGCGCCUUAGCCCGCGAAUCCCCCGACGAAACCAACCCGUCCGCACCCCCUCUCGCCACGAAAAUCGGACACCUCCUUGCCGUCGACUCAUCCUCCACUCUCUUACACCGAGACGCCUCACUCCCCUUCAACUCGCAAAUCAACAUGACCCGAAAAGUGCUCCCAGACGAAGAAACCCUCCCCUUCUCCGCGAAUACCUUCGAUCUAGUACUUAGCUCGCUGAGCCUACAUUGGAUCAACGACCUCCCGGGCCUCUUGGCCCAGAUCAAUAAUAUACUAAAGCCAGACUGCGCAUUCAUGGGCGCUAUGUUUGGUGGGGAUACGCUCUUCGAGCUACGCACGUCGCUGCAGUUGGCGGAGCAAGAGCGACGAGGUGGUAUCUCGCCCCACGUCUCUCCUUUAGCCGAUGUGCGUGACGUCGGGGGCUUGAUGCAACGCGCUGGGUUUAAAAUGCUGACCGUAGAUGUUGAUGAUAUCGUCGUUGAUUACCCAGAUACCUUCGCGCUAAUGCAGGAUAUCCAGUCCAUGGGUGAAAGCAAUGCUGUCCUGGGCCGUGAGAUGGGAGCCAUUCAACGAGACGUGUUGCUAGCUAACGAUGCUAUAUAUCGAGAACUUCAUGGUAGUGAGGAUGGGACUAUACCAGCAACUUUCCGAAUGAUAUAUAUGAUUGGGUGGAAAGAGUCAAAAGACCAACCUCAACCAUUACCCCGAGGCAGUGGUGAGAUUAAUCUGAAGGAUGUACUCGAAAGAAAAUAAUAAAAAGCCUCUGAAUUCUGACAUUACCAACGUUUCAAUUACUUCCUACAUACUAGCCACCGUUAUUAAACAUUAAGGUCU